AUGGCCACGACUGACGACCACAAGGCCGAGGUUUCCCUCGCGCAUGAAGAGGUCCCCCAUGGCGAAGUCCGUCAAGUCCAGGCGGCUUCCGUGGCCCUCGCGUCUGCCGUUGCGGAACAGAAGCCCAAGCUUUGGUCAAAGAACAUGAGACAGCUGUAUGCGAUCAUGGGAAUUGGUUACCGCAAAUCUUUAGUUGUCUCCACCAUGAACGGUUUCGAUAGCUCGCUCAUGGGAUCAAUCAACGCCAUGAAACCGUAUCAACAAACUUUCGGUCUAUCGGGAGAAGGAUCCAGCGCUGGUAUCAUCUUCAUCAUUUACAAUUUGGGCCAGAUUGCAAGCUUCCCUUUUUGCGGUCUGAUUGCUGAUGGCUAUGGUCGUCGUGUCUGUAUUUUCGUUGGAUGUCUAAUUGUCUUGAUUGGAACUGCUAUCCAGGCUUCAGCCCACGAAAUGGGGCAGUUCAUUGGCGGUCGUUUUGUCCUUGGUUUCGGUGCCAGUAUUGCGUCGGCUGCUGGUCCAGCUUAUACUGUUGAGUUGGCGCACCCGGCAUACCGUGGUACCAUGGCCGGCAUGUACAACAACUUUUGGUGGGUCGGAAAUAUUCUCGCUGGUUGGACAACAUAUGGCACCGACCUGCACUACACUACUUCGUGGGCCUGGCGUGUGCCGACCAUUGUCCAAGCCGCUCUUCCUGCAGUUGUGAUGUGUCUCAUCAUGUUCUUCCCAGAAUCGCCACGUUGGUUGAUCCACAAGGACCGUACCGAAGAGGCCCUCGCCAUCUUUGCCAAGUACCACGGUGACGGCGACGCAAACUCUCCUCUUGUGCAGCUUCAGUACCGCGAGAUUGUCGAGGAGGCUGCGGCGACCCAUGAUCCCAACCCAUGGUGGAACUUCAAGGAACUUGUCAACACCCGUGCUGCUCGAUACCGAUUUGCUAUGGUCAUUGGAAUGUCCUUCUUUGGACAAUGGUCGGGUAACAAUGUUGUCAGCUACUUUAUGCCAUCAAUGAUUAAAUCUGCUGGUAUUCUUGACACAAGCAAGCAAUUGCUUAUUAAUGCUAUUAACCCCAUCUUCUCCUUCAUCGCUGCAGUCUAUGGCGCGACGCUGCUCGACAAGCUCGGCCGCCGACCUAUGAUGCUUUACGGCCUGAUGGGCUCUCUUGUCUUUUAUAUCCUCCUGACGGCGUUCACCGCCGAGACUACCAAUCACCCUAACCUAGCUUACGGAACCAUUGUUUCCAUUUAUUGCUUUGGUAUCUGCUUUGCCUGGGGUUUCACACCACUUCAAACUCUUUAUGCCGUCGAGUGUUUGGAGAACCGCACUCGUGCAAAGGGUUCUGGUGCCAAUUUCUUAUUUUUGAACAUUGCAAUGGUCGUCAACACCUACGGUAUCGCAGUGGGUAUGGAGGCUAUUGGCUGGAAGCUGUACCUGGUCUACAUUGGCUGGUUGGUCGUCGAGAUUGUCGUCAUCUACUUCUUCUUCGUCGAGACUGCCGGCAAAACCCUGGAAGAAAUGUCGGAGAUUUUCGAGGCCAAGAACCCGAGAAAGGAAAGCACCAAGAAGACCAAGGUCGAUCUCGACGCGUCUGGCCGCGUUCUGCACGUCGAGAAGACCAUCUCCGCCUAA